AUGCCUGAAUUGGUAAUGGAGGGAUUAGAUAUGGAUAAUCUGUCGAGAGAGCCGAGCGGAAGCUACAUUCCUCACAAGGAAAUCUUCACCGAAAAGUCUCCCAGAAGUCCAUUGAGUACUCACAGUCCUGAUUCUGAUUCUAUCGAUCUUGCUCUGGAUGGAGGCGCCGAUACCUCGAUCGAGCAGCUCUAUCACAAUGUCUGCGAGAUGCAGAGCUCCGAUCAGUCCCCGUCAAGGCGGAGCUUUCUGUCGUAUGGCGAGGAGUCGAGGAUCGAUUCUGAGUUGCGGUUUUACGCCGGGGGGAGCUUUGGGGAGGCUGAGAUAACAAAGGAGGUGGUGGUUGAGAACAACAAAGAAGCUGGAAUUGUUGGCUCUGAGAAGCAAAAUGGGCGUUGUUUUGAAUCCCGUGUUUCUUCUAACAGCAUGAACGACAAGCGUGGGAAGAAGAAGGGGGCCCACUUGGAAGGCGCUAGGUCGUUUCCUUCCAAGAAGGGCUCUCGCCUGCCAUUAAUGGACUCUGAAGCAACGCAACCACUAAGUAGGAGGACCAAAUCCUUAUACGAGAGGCCGCCUAUUGGGAAGCAGAACGGUAAGGCUCCAAGAAAGCCUGGCCCAAAUGACAGAAAUCCACCUUUAGGCGGGGAGAAGUUGCAGGAUGGAGCAGAGGAGUCUCUUGAAGCAGGGUAUCUUGGACCUUAUUUGCUUAAGCAAACGACAGAGUUGGUUUCUUCGGGGGAGAAUCCACAGAAGGCUCUUGAAAUGGCUCUUAGAGCGAUGAAAUCAUUCGACAGUUGCGCAAAUGAGAAGCCCAAUUUGGAGCUAGUCAUGUGUCUGCAUGUUGUGGCAGCACUGUAUUGUCGUCUUGGCCAGUACAGCAAGGCGAUUCCUGUUCUUGAGCGUUCGAUUGAAAUUCCAGUGAUCGAUGAAGGCCAAAACCAUGCACUUGCCAAAUUUGCAGGGUGCAUGCAGCUGGGAGACACAUAUGCGAUGCUCGGCCAGAUUGAGAACUCUAUACUGUGCUAUACCGCAGGCUUGGAGAUCCAGAGGCAAGUUCUUGGAGAAAAGGAUGCCCGGUUUGGUGAGACUUGCAGGUAUGUUGCUGAAGCCCAUGUUCAAGCAUUCCAAUUCGAUGAGGCUGAGAAGCUUUGUCAGUUGGCUCUUAACAUCCACAAGGAGAAUGCCUCCCCAGCUUCUCCUCAAGAAGCAGCCGAUAGGAGACUUAUGGGGCUUAUCUGCGAGUCAAAGGGCCAUCACGAAACUGCUCUUGAGCAUUAUGUUCUAGCAAGCAUGGCAAUGGCAGGAAAUGGGCAGGACACCGAUGUGGCUUCCAUUGACUGCAGCAUUGGAGAUGCAUAUUUAUCUUUGGCACGAUAUGAUGAGGCUAUUUUCGCUUACCAGAAGGCGCUCACUGCGUUUAAGUCAACUAAAGGAGAGAACCAUCCAUCUGUUGCUUCAGUCUUUGUCCGUUUGGCUAACUUGUACAACAAGAUAGGCAAAUUUAGAGAGUCCAAGUCAUACUGUGAAAAUGCACUUCGAAUUUACGCUAGGCCGAUUCCUGGGAGCCCCGCAGAAGAGAUUGCUAGCGGUCUCACUGAUGUUUCUGCUAUCUAUGAAUCUAUGGAUGAACUCGAGCAGGCACUUAGGUUACUGCAGAAGGCUCUGAAGAUAUACGGCAAUGCACCAGGUCAGCAAAGCACAAUUGCAGGGAUUGAGGCCCAGAUGGGAGUACUAUACUAUUUGACAGGGCACUACUCUGAUUCCUACAACUCCUUCAAAGAUGCCAUUUCGAAGUUCCGGGAGAUUGGGGAGAAGAAAUCUGCUCUGUUUGGCAUUGCCCUGAACCAAAUGGGCCUUGCCUGUGUGCAACUUUACGCUAUAAACGAGGCUACUGAUUUGUUUGAAGAAGCAAGGAGUAUUUUGGAGAAUGAGUACGGCCCUUAUCACCCUGAUACACUAGGGGUCUACAGCAAUCUUGCAGGAACUUAUGAUGCAAUGGGCAGGUCAGGCGAUGCAAUUGAAAUCUUGGAAUAUGUCAUCGGGAUGAGAGAGGAGAAGCUUGGUACUGCAAACCCAGAUGUGGAUGACGAGAAGCGCAGGCUGGCUGAGCUAUUAAAGGAAGCGGGAAGGGUAAGAAACAGGCAAACUAGGUCACUGGAAACCCUCCUUGACACCAACUCAAAGACUACUACCAAGGAAACCACCAGGUUAUAACGAACCUGUUGCUGUUGGCGUAUGCCUGCAUGCCCUGCACUGCAUGUAUGUAAAACAUAUGUUCGCAUAGAAAUACUAGGUUGUUGUUGGCUUUCUUCGAUUCAUUGCUAGCUUUUGCAACAAAGUCAAAUAAUGAUGAUUGGGAGGUGAUUCU